UCGGAAGUACCGCCUCUUUUGUGAUGACGUUAGCGGCGCUGUGUUGUGAGUCUGCUGGUAGCAAAACCUCACAUUACUGAACAUCACACUUUAUUAUUCAAAAUCAAACAAGCUUUUAAUAAAGAAGGGCUGUUCGCUGCGGAAUACCAUGUCAGACACGGAGACCAAGCCCUCAGGGGAAGGAGGUGACAAGAAGGAUGGAGAAUAUAUUAAGCUCAAAGUGAUCGGUCAGGACAACAGUGAAAUUCACUUCAAAGUGAAGAUGACGACACAUUUAAAGAAGCUGAAGGAAUCCUACAGUCAGAGACAGGGAGUACACAUGGACUCUUUAAGGUUUCUCUUCGAGGGACAGAGAAUUGCAGACAACCAGACCCCCAAAGAGCUGGGAAUGGAAGAUGAGGAUGUGAUCGAGGUGUAUCAGGAACAGACUGGAGGCUGUUGGAAUGAUUAGACCUUUAUUUUCAAGCUCUUUAUUUUUAUCUUAAUUUUGUAUGUAUGACAUUUAUUUCUUCUGUUUCUUUUUGAUCUCAUCUCAAAUGGAAAUAGAAAAACCAUCUGGAUCAAAUAGAUUUUCUGGUAAGGCUGCUGAAAAUUAUACAAGAAGUGGGUAAAUAGAAAAUCGGUCCUUUUGGCGCACUCUUUUUCAUCAUCCUCGGUCUCUUUUUCUGUCCAACACAUCGAUGCCUCUAUUUUAAAAGAUUCUGUUCAAAUGCUGCGAAUAUUGUGAUCUGUAAAUAUAAUCUCCCUUUGCCGUACAGUCCAGCUUUUACUAUUGAUGAGUGAUAGAAAGCUGAUAAAACAACGAAUCCGGUCAAAUUUGUUAUGGCGCUCUGAUUUUGUUUUAGUAAGUGUAACUGAGGCUUUGUUCACCUCAUUGUGUUAUGAGUGUUACACAUUUUCCAUUUAUCAAUGCUUGGCCCAUUAAAUUGCUUUUGUACCAUCUACAGUGUGUCAAAAUGACAUUUUAUUUACAGUUAACACAUCCAUCUUAGAAACACACCGAGUACUAAAAGAGAAGUUCAAGUGGUUAAUUUAUGUAAAGUUGUUGUCUGUUAGAAAAUUAUGUUAGAAAAGUAUAAAAUGUUAUAGCCUCUUAUUAAGUGUCUUUGGAAAAUAUGUACAGUUUAAUUGCAAUAUCUUCUUUUGUAUUUGCAUGUUUUGUCUAAUGCAUAGGAAUUUGUGCUGCUCCUGCCCAAAUAUGUUGUCUUUUAAUGUAUGUAGUUAUGGAUAUUCAGCCACAGUAAUGGACAAAUGGCAAUAAACCCUCAGGUUUGGUUCAACAUGUUUCUCUUACCUGAAUGGUUGCCAGAUGAAUGAUACCUGAUUAUAAAUAGGUAACUGUGUUGUUUGGUUAGUACUCAGGGGCAAAAGUCACAUGCACAGCAUAAAUACAGCAAUUCUCUCAUUUUUUACUUUUCCUACAUUAUUGUAUAUUUUUAUUUCUGUGAGAGGGCAGUGAAAUUUGGUCCAGAUGGUUUUGUGGAUAUAGGAGAAUUAUUACUUUGCUUUUGUCUUGUUUUUUAAAUAAAAUGUGUCAUAAAAAUCA